AUGAAAAAGUUUUAUUUUAUUUUAAUAACAAGUAUUGCAUUUAUAUUUCAAUAUAUUUAUAAUAAUAGUGGUUAUUUCAUUAAUACAAUAAGUGAAAACUCAGAGAUAUCAAAUUACAAACCAUACAAUUUCAAAUAUUACAACAUGAGUCAAGGUGCAAAGUGUAUAGUCAUUGGUGGUACCGGUGCAACUGGAAAACAUUUAAUUCGUGAGUUGAUUGACUCAAAAUUCGUUCAAGUUACAUCUUUAGUUAGAAAAGAAGAUCUUUCUAUCCAAAAUGAAAAAUUAAAACAAGUUGUAGUUGACUUUGAUAAAUUAGAAGAUUAUAAAGAAGAAUUUAAAGAUAAGGAUGCUGCAUUUAAUGUUUUGGGUACAACUAGAAAACAAGCAGGUAGUGCAGAAAGAUUCAGAGAGAUUGAAUUAGGUAUUUCAUCAAAAUUUGCAGACCUAUCAAAAGAAUCUGGUGUACGUUCUAUGCAUUUAUUAACAUCAACAGGUUCAAAUCCAAAUUCAUUUUUCCUUUAUCCAAAAGUUAAAGGUGAAAUCGAAGAAAAGAUGAAAAAAGAAGGUUUCCAUUAUCUCUCAAUAUUCAGACCAGGAUUUUUAGAUAGAGGAGUCGGAGAUCGUUGGAUUGAAAAUGUCUUUAUUAAAGUAGUUUCACCAAUGAAGGUUUCAACACUUGCAAAAGCAAUGAGAAUUGAAGCUGAAAAUGAACUUUUAAAUUCACCACCAUCAAAUACAGUUAAAAUUUACUCAAAUAAAGAAAUAUAUGAGAUUGUUGGUGAAAAAUAA